AACCCGAAUAAAAAAAUGAAAAGUAUUCUAUGAAUAGUAAAGCUAUGGUGGAGGAGCUAGCCAUGCUAGGAGCAAGAGUCCACACAUGUGCCAGAGACGAAACUCAGCUUCAAGAACGCUUACGGGAAUGGCAAGCCAAAGGGUUUCAGGUCACCACUUCCGUCUGCGACGUUUCUUCUCGUGACCAACGAGAAAAACUCAUGGAAACCGUUUCCUCUAUCUUCCAAGGAAAACUCAACAUCCUUGUAAACAAUGUGGGAACGUGUAUAACAAAGCCGACCACAGAGUUUACAGCACAAGAUUACUCAUUUCUGAUGGCUACGAAUCUCGAGUCAGCUUUUCAUCUCUCACAGCUCGCGCACCCUUUGUUGAAAGCCUCUCGAUCAGGGAGCAUCGUGCUCAUGUCCUCCGCUGCAGGGGUUGUGCAUAUCAAUGUUGGUUCCAUCUAUGGAGCAACUAAAGGAGCUAUGAAUCAGCUAGCAAAAAACUUAGCAUGCGAGUGGGCAAGUGAUAACAUAAGGGUUAACUCUGUCUGUCCAUGGUUUAUAGCAACUCCUUUAGCUAACAAUUAUCUCGAUGAUGAAGAGUUAAAGAAAGAAGUGGAGAGUAAGACACCAAUGGGACGUGCUGGAAAAGCAAAUGAAGUAUCAUCGCUUGUCGCAUUUCUUUGUUUUCCGGCAGCUUCUUAUAUAACUGGUCAGACAAUCUGCGUCGACGGAGGAGAAAACUUGACAGACAAAUCUAGAUGGAGCCUUGGAGGCAUGACCGCUCUUGUGACCGGUGGCUCCAAAGGCCUCGGAGAAGCUGUGGUGGAGGAACUAGCCAUGUUGGGAGCAAGAGUCCACACAUGUGCCAGAGACGAAACUCAGCUUCAAGAACGCUUACGUGAAUGGCAAGCAAAAGGGUUUCAGGUCACCACUUCUGUAUGCGACGUUUCUUCUCGUGACCAACGAGAGAAACUCAUGGAAACCGUUUCCUCUAUCUUCCAAGGAAAACUCAACAUCCUCGUAAACAAUGCGGGAACCGGUAUAACAAAGCCGACUACAGAGUUUACAGCACAAGAUUACUCGUUUCUGAUGGCUACAAAUCUCGAGUCAGCUUUUCAUAUCUCACAGCUUGCUCAUCCUUUAUUAAAAGCUUCAAGUUUAGGGAGCAUCGUGUUCAUGUCCUCUGUUGCUGGACUUGUGCAUACUGGUGCAUCCAUCUAUGGAGCAACAAAAGGAGCUAUGAAUCAGCUAGGAAGAAACUUAGCAUGCGAGUGGGCAAGUGACAACAUAAGGGUUAACUCUGUGUGUCCAUGGGUCAUAGCAACUCCUUUAGCCAGCGAAAUUUUCAGUGAUGAAGAGUUUAAAAAAGCAGUGGAGAGUAAGACACCAAUGGGACGUGUUGGAAAAGCAAAUGAGGUCUCAUCGCUCGUGGCAUUUCUCUGUUUUCCGGCAGCUUCUUAUAUAACGGGUCAGACUAUCUGUGUCGAUGGAGGUGCCUCGGUGAACGGCUUCUCUUUCAAGCCUCGACCAUAAAACGUUGAUUGUUUUUUUUCGUAUGAUGUUUCUUAAUAUUUACUGUGUUUCUUUUUGUGUCUUUGAAAUAAACUCCCAACCUCUAGCAUCUUAAGGAGAUUUUGUUUUCUUAUUGUUGAUCAUAAACAAAAAUAUAAGGAGACCUUUAUC